UGAGAAGGGGAGGAUCUACACCUAUAUCGGCGAGGUGGUGGUGUCGGUGAACCCCUACCGUGCCAUGAACAUCUACGGCCGUGACACCAUAGAGCAGUACAAGGGUCGUGAGCUAUACGAGCGCCCGCCUCACCUGUUCGCCAUCGCCGACGCCGCCUACAAAGCCAUGAAGCGGAGGAACAAAGACACCUGUAUAGUCAUCUCAGGGGAGAGUGGAGCUGGAAAGACAGAAGCCAGCAAAUAUAUCAUGCAAUACAUCGCUGCUAUCACCAACCCUAAUCAAAGAGCUGAAGUCGAAAGGGUGAAAAACAUGCUGCUGAAAUCCAAUUGCGUCCUGGAGGCCUUUGGGAACGCCAAAACCAACCGCAACGACAACUCCAGCCGCUUCGGCAAAUACAUGGACAUCAACUUCGACUUCAAGGGAGAUCCCAUCGGGGGUCACAUCAGCAACUACCUGCUGGAGAAGUCCAGAGUGAUCGUCCAGCAGGAAGGAGAGAGGAGCUUUCACUCCCUGUACCAGCUGGUUAAAGGUGCCCCCGACUCCCUACUGCGAUCUCUGCAUAUUCAGAAGGACGCGACGGCCUACAACUACAUUAAAGUUGGCGGGCAGGUUAAGUCCAGCAUUAAUGACGGGGCUGACUUCAAAGCGGUGGCCGAUGCCAUGAAGGUGAUCGGCUUCACAGGGGAGGAGAUCCAGACUGUCUACAGGAUCCUGGCCACCAUCCUGCACCUGGGCAACAUGACGUUCGGCGUGGACGGGGACGUGACUCUGAUCGAGAACUCCAAGGUGGUGGUGGUGAUCGGGGACCUUCUGGCCACCAAGGAGGAGAACGUGGAGAAGGCCCUGCUGUACCGCACCGUGGCCACCGGCCGCGACAUCAUCGACAAGCAGCACACAGCACAGGAGGCCGGCUACGGGCGCGACGCGCUAGCUAAGGCGAUGUACGAGCGUCUCUUCUGCUGGAUCGUGGGGAGGAUAAACGACGUGAUCGAGGUGAAGAACUACGAUGCCAAAGUCCACGGGAAGAACACGGUCAUCGGCGUGCUGGACAUCUACGGAUUUGAGAUCUUCCAGAACAACAGCUUUGAGCAGUUCUGUAUCAACUACUGUAAUGAGAAGCUCCAGCAGCUGUUCAUCCAGUUGGUCCUGAAACAGGAGCAGGAUGAGUACCAGCGAGAGGGCAUCCCCUGGAAACAUAUUGACUUCUUCAACAACCAGAUCAUUGUGGACCUUGUGGAGCAGCAGCAUAAGGGCAUCUUCUCCGUGCUGGACGAGGCCUGCAUGAACGUGGGCAAGGUGACCGACGAGGUGUUCCUCCAGGGUCUCAACAGCAAGCUGGCCAAGCACGCUCACUACACCAGCCGCAAGCUGUCCCCGACUGACAAGAGUUUGGAGUUUGACAGAGACUUCCGAAUCCGCCACUAUGCAGGCGACGUUGUGUACUCUGUAGUUAGUUUUAUCGACAAAAACAAAGACACGCUCUUCCAGGACUUCAAGAGGCUCUUGUAUAACAGUUCGAACCCAGUUCUGAAGAACAUGUGGCCUGAGGGCAAGCUGAGCAUCACAGAGGUCACCAAGCGACCCCUGACGGCCGCCACCCUUUUCAAGAACUCCAUGAUCUCAUUGGUGGAAAACCUGGCAUGCAAGGAGCCCUACUACGUCCGCUGCAUCAAGCCUAACGAGGUCAAGUCCCCCCUGCUGUUUGAGCAGGAGCGCUGCCGUCACCAGGUGGAGUACCUGGGCCUGCUGGAGAACGUACGAGUGCGCAGGGCUGGCUUCGCCAACCGCCAGACCUACCCACGCUUCCUCCAGAGGUACAAGAUGAUCUCAGAGUUCACCUGGCCCAACCACGACCUGUCGUCAGACAAGGAGGCGGUCAGACGUCUCCUGCAGGGCUGCGGCUUCGACCAUGACGUGGCGUACGGCAAGACCAAGGUGUUCAUCCGCACGCCCCGCACCCUCUUCAGCCUGGAGGACCAGAGGACCGACAUGGUCACCAGGAUCGUCCUUUUCCUCCAGAAGGUGUGGCGUGGCACCAUCGCCAGGAUGCGUUACAGGCGCAUGCGAGCCGCACUCAUCAUCCUCCGGGCCUACCGCCGCUACAAGGUCAAGUCCUACAUCCGGGAGGUCAACCGGCGCUUCAAAAAUGUGCAGUCCAUGAAGGACUACGGGAGACACGUCAAGUGGCCCACGCCACCCAAAGUCCUGCGGCGGUUUGAAGAAGCACUGAGAAGCAUCUACGGCAGGUGGUGGGCGUGGACCCUGAUCAAAGGCCUGUCUCCAGAGGAGACCCUGCAGGUGAGGGCCAAGGUAGCCACCCUGGAGGCCCUCAAGGGCCAGAGGGCGGAUCUGGGCCUGCAGAGGACCUGGGAAGGCAACUACCUGAAGAGAGACAGCCCUGAGACGGCCUCCUCCUUCACGCUGCUCUCCAGUGAGCUGCAGAGGAAGGACAAGUUCAUGAGGAUCCUCUUCUCCUGCAACGUGCGCAAGAUCAACCGUUUCCACAAGUCUGAGAACCGGGCUGUCCUCAUCACAGACCGUCACCUGUACAAGAUGGACCCCCUGAAGCAGUACAAGCCUAUGAAGAACAUCCCUCUCUACAACGUGACAGGGGUGAGUGUGUCUCCAGGGAAGGACCAGCUGGUGGAGUUCCACACUAAGGACAGCAGGGACCGGGUGUGCCUACAGGGCAUGGUGCCCGCUGGAGAAAGUCGUAUCGGGGAACUGGUGGGCACCCUGCUUAGCCACUUCAAAAGUGAAAAGAGGAAGCUUCAGGUGAACGUCACCAGCCCCAUCCAGUGCAGCAUGAACGGCAGGAAGUGCACUGUCAUCGUCGAGUCCAAGAUCAACCAAUCACAGCCAGACUUCACCAAGAGCCGUUCCGGUUACAUCCUGGCUGUGCCUGGGAACUGACGGAGCUGUGGUCAGGUGACAGGGACGGAGGGGAAAGAUAUCAGACAUGGAUGGUUCUGGUCUUCGUCUGGUUGAGCAUCGACAUACUGUGAUGUGAACAGUAUGCACAUAGGAAAGUGGACAUCUAAAUAAAAGCCAUGAUAAAUGUCUUAUUUGAAUACAGCUCAAUGUAUAAGAUGAUAUGUAUAUUUCAAUACUGCAAUUGUCGUUUGUUAAACAGUAAACACAUGCACAACAUUUAUCUAUAGGCUACAGUAUAUACUGUAUAUAUAAAACCAACCAAAGAGUUGUUUUUCUUUUCACAGUUAACUUUUUUAGAUGUAAUCACAUGCUAUAUAGUCGAUAUAAUGAGAUAUGGAGUGAACUGUUUUCAGGCAGAUGAGGGUUUUAUUAGGAAAGCCUACACAAUGUUAAGACAGAGAUAUUGGAUAUUGUUUAGCCAAAUCAAACAUAAACACUAUGACAGUGUUAAUGGAAAACAAAGUAACCCCUAUUAAGGAUCUCAAAUCUUAUUUAGAUUUUUCAUGUUUUCUUAUACUGGGCGUAGUUUACCAGGUCUAGCAUCUGAUAAACCUUUUUAGUUUAACAAAAUAUAUAUAUAUAGGUGUUCGCGAUUGUAAACAACAGCUAUUGAAAGAAACUUAUCAAUAACCACCUUUUAUUUUACAAGUUGAUUGUUAACUUAAUUUGUUCUUGGGAACCAUUAUGGGUAAGAAAAAGGUCCUAUACUUUUCCCUAGCUGAGUGUCUGAGUCCCAGAUGAAGUUUCAUUGGCACAGUUAGACACAGUUAGGCACAGUUAGACAGGGUGUUUAGACGGAUGUGUUGAGCAUAUCCUGAACAGAAAACUGCUCUGAGAGGAGCAUUAAAACCUCUCUUAAUUUAAAUCCUGUAUCAUUUCCUCAGUGCAUACCGUAUGUUUAUUUGUAGCACUGUCAACAAACUACAUGCUUAUAUUUUCAUCCAAAAGACUGUAAAUAACACAGGGCCACAUGCUCUAUGUAUUGAUAAAGACCGUACUUACCAUUUGUUAUGGUUAACAAAAGGAACUGUAGGAGAAGCCUAGUUAUACCAUAUGAUACCAAAGCACAAUUGUAAACCUAGCAGAGACCUGGAACCCUAUAGAACUUCUUGUGCUGGUGUCACAAGCUCAUGCUAAUUACCAGUCCCUGGAGAUAAUGGUCUUUCUAUUGACCUGGAGUAGUCCUUACUCCUGAAUGGAACUGGCUCUUCAGUAACAAACACGGAUCAUUAGCGGAGAGGAAGAUUGUGUGUGUGUGUGUGCAUGUGCUUUGGAGAGGGAGAGGGAGAGAGAGGGAGAGAGAGGGAGAGAGAGGGAGAGGGAGAGAGAGGGAGAGGGAGGGAGAGAGAGAUGGAGAGAUAGAGAGGGAGAGAGAGAGAGAGAGAGAAAGAAGAGACAGUUGUGUUUUUGUGUGGAUAACAGUUUGUUCAUUAACUCCUAGCAGCCACCUCGCCCUCUCCUCUCUGGCUCAGCGUCAAAUACGCUGGCUACUGGCCAUGUUGAAUCACUGGCCAAGGCCUUAAAGAGCAGACGAGCAGUUGCCUGGUCUCUAGCUUGCUAGCGACCUGACGGGCUCCAACAACACCAUAUCCGCAGUCACGUUAGCCAUGCUGUUGUUAACUGACACCUUAUAGUACGUAGAGAUGAAUUUGCUGCUUUAUACAAAGAACCUAAAGUAAUCGUUUGGUAUACACGUCAUGGAUUGUAUGCAGUAGGUUAUUAUCGAUUGAUUUGCUUAGAUGUAAAUUGAUUGUAUGCGUUUCUGUUUUGUGUAUGUAUCUUGUUUCUACAGCAUGUAUUGGUUAUUGAUGGUUGGAGCGAACGCCUACAGUACUGUAUGUGGAUGAGUGAGUCUUAGUCUUCCUGUGGCAGUAAUUAUUGGCUCUGAUAGGCAGAGGCGACAGUGGAGGCUAAGGAAGAAGGAACUCUCUGAAUACUUGGCCUAGUUAGUGUGGCAAAGCGGAUAUCUGUCAGCCGGUUUUACUCUCCCGGCAAAGAAAAAACGACGUAAAACUAAGUACUGCAUUCCUGCUAAUUGCUUUAGAGUAUCGGCUGGAAAAAUCUGUAUCUUUAAUAAGUUAAUGUGUGCCAGUCAGUCUUUACCUUGCAGCUGUGCUGUGUGACAUUCUUCCACAGCUUGAUAAGGCACUUCAUACAAGAAGAUAUUGGAGAGUGUGUGUGGUUGCAUGUGUGUGGAUUGUAAGUGUUCUCCUGUUGGUAUCAGUAAUGGCAGUAAUACAAAGCCUCACUUGGACUCUUUCUUCUCUAGUAUUUCUUUGUGUUCCUGUCUUUCAAAUAUAUCUCUCUCUCUCUUCCACCUUCUCCCUCUUACUUUCCCUCUCUCACUUCUACACUCCAGUGGUCAGAACUAUGUUCAGGGCCAUCUUGAAGAAGCUCCGGAUGUGUGAUGCUGUUUCCUGUCAUCACCAGUCACACUGUACUUGUCAUCCUGAAACCCAUCAACUCCUCUGUAACUCGUUGUGUUUUGAGGGUUUCAAGUCACUCGUAGCUCAGAAACACAGGGAGUAAUACCAUCACAGAUGUCAUCUACGUGUAACAGUUUUGGAAAAAGGUUGUCAAAGUAAAAAGUAGGUAACUUGUGCCAUCACUUUGUACCAAAUAGUUUUUUUUGUUUAUUUUUAAUUUUUUACAAAGUCUGUGGUUGUUUUUUUUUUUUUUGUUUUACUGGAUUGGUCCUGUAACCUUAGUGACUACAUUACGAUGAAUGGAAUGCUGCAGUCUCCAUCAGUUUUGCUUUUUAAAACAUUGAAAUUAAGUUUAUUUGAUUUUAAUGGUAAACUGUUAUUGUGAGAGCUUGUGGCUGCAUCUUUUUCUCUCUGUCAAUGUCAGUAGCUGUGUUGUCAAGGUCAUUGUGAGCUCACAUGACCUAUGUUUCUGUCUUAGACAUCGUCUUCACCAGACUGAAUAUAUCAAAGUGCCUACAGAAAUGGAUCAUAAUUUCAGGGAGUUUAAUUGCUUGAUAAAUAUGGGAAGUACAUUGUACUGAUAACCCUUUUGAGUUUUUAAAAACAUUCAAUAUUUGCUGGCUUUUCAACAAACAUAUAGACAGAUGCAGAAUACAUUUCAAACUAUGUGCCUAAUUUUAUAGUUGCAUAUUUAUGUAAUACAUCCAUGUUGAUUAUGAAUGAAAUAAAACGAUUGGACCAAA